AUGGCAGGCAAAGGAGAGGGACCAGCGAUCGGAAUUGACCUCGGAACAACGUAUUCUUGCGUUGGCGUGUGGCAGCAUGACCGGGUGGAAAUCAUUGCCAAUGACCAAGGAAACAGAACAACGCCUUCUUAUGUGGCUUUCACCGAUUCCGAGCGGCUAAUCGGUGACGCCGCUAAGAACCAGGUUGCCAUGAACCCGGUGAACACUGUCUUUGAUGCCAAGAGGUUGAUAGGUAGGAGAUUUAGUGAUGCCUCUGUGCAGAGUGACAUUAAGUUGUGGCCCUUCAAAGUCAUUCCUGGACCUGGUGAUAAACCAAUGAUUGUAGUCAACUACAAGGGUGAGGAGAAGCAAUUUGCAGCUGAGGAAAUCUCUUCCAUGGUUUUAAUUAAGAUGAAAGAAAUUGCUGAGGCUUUCCUUGGUUCAACUGUUAAGAAUGCUGUGAAGAAUGUGCUGAUAUUUGAUCUCGGAGGUGGUACUUUUGAUGUAUCUCUUCUGACCAUCGAGGAGGGUAUCUUUGAGGUGAAGGCAACUGCUGGUGACACUCACCUUGGAGGUGAAGACUUCGACAACAGAAUGGUGAAUCAUUUUGUUCAAGAAUUCAAGAGAAAGAACAAGAAAGACAUCACUGGUAACCCCAGGGCUCUCAGGAGAUUGAGGACAGCUUGUGAGAGAGCAAAGAGAACUCUCUCAUCCACUGCCCAAACCACCAUUGAGAUAGACUCUCUAUACGAGGGUAUUGAUUUUUACUCCACCAUCACUCGUGCAAGAUUUGAGGAGCUAAACAUGGACUUGUUCAGAAAGUGCAUGGAACCAGUAGAGAAGUGUCUACGUGAUGCUAAGAUGGACAAAAGUACUGUCCACGAUGUUGUCCUUGUUGGUGGUUCCACUAGGAUUCCCAAGGUCCAGCAAUUGUUGCAGGACUUCUUCAAUGGGAAGGAACUAUGCAAGAGCAUCAACCCCGAUGAAGCUGUUGCUUAUGGUGCUGCAGUCCAGGCUGCUAUUUUGAGUGGUGAGGGUAACGAGAAGGUGCAGGAUCUUUUGCUUUUGGAUGUUACUCCUCUCUCUCUUGGUCUGGAAACUGCUGGUGGUGUCAUGACCGUCUUGAUUCCCCGGAACACAACCAUCCCAACAAAGAAGGAGCAGGUGUUCUCUACCUACUCAGACAACCAGCCUGGUGUCUUGAUUCAGGUCUAUGAAGGAGAAAGAACAAGGACCAGGGACAACAACCUUCUUGGUAAAUUUGAGCUCUCUGGCAUUCCUCCUGCCCCUAGGGGUGUUCCACAGAUUACCGUGUGCUUUGACAUUGAUGCCAACGGUAUCUUAAACGUAUCUGCUGAGGACAAGACCACUGGCCAGAAGAACAAGAUCACUAUCACCAAUGACAAGGGUAGACUUUCAAAGGAGGAAAUUGAGAAGAUGGUUCAGGAAGCAGAAAAAUAUAAGUCCGAGGAUGAAGAACACAAGAAGAAGGUCGAGGCUAAGAAUGCCUUGGAGAACUAUGCAUACAACAUGCGGAACACUGUGAAGGAUGAGAAGAUUGCCUCCAAGCUCCCAGCUGACGACAAGAAGAAGAUCGAGGAUGCAAUUGAGCAGGCAAUCCAAUGGCUAGAAGGCAACCAGCUUGGGGAGGCUGAUGAGUUCGAGGACAAGAUGAAGGAGUUGGAGGGCAUCUGCAAUCCUAUCAUUGCAAAGAUGUACCAGGGUGCUGGUGGUGAUAUGGGUGGUGCCGCCAUGGAUGAUGAGGGCCCUGCUCCUAGUGGUAGCACCGGACCUGGUCCCAAGAUUGAGGAGGUUGAUUAA